AGCUAAGCUGUAAAAACAACUAGUAGUAACAGAAGGAGUCAAACUAAGAAAAGUCCCUCCUCCUUUGGCUUUGGUUUGGUUCUCUCACUUCCCAUUCCUAAUUCAGAUUUAUUGUUCUUCAAGUCUUGUUGGAUUAGACUUAAAUUAAUCCUGCCCUAUUAAUUAAUUACCAGAGCAUAUAAACAUUUCGUAACGUUUAGUAAAUGCUAAAGCGUGGUGGCAUCUUCCUGUAUCAGAGUAUUAAUUACGAGAGAUGUUAGCAUUUCAAAGCAUAGCUACCCUGGCAAUGGCAAAGCCGGCCUCCCUUAUCAGAGCAGAGCAACCCUUGGCCACCGAUCUCACCGCAGCUGAUCGCAGUACUAUUUCUCUCUCUGGCAGCGCCUCCUCUCGCCUCCUUGACGUGGUCUUCGUCGUCAAUCCUCGAGGCUCUAAUGGACGAACGGGUGAGCAAUGGAAAAAGUUGCUACCUUACAUCAGGUCUCGCCUCGGUUCCGAUUGCAAUCAGAUAUGUGAGUCUUUGACUUCGGGACCUUGUCAUGCUAUUGACAUAACAAGGGAGGCUAUUCGUGAGGGUGCCCAGGCUGUGGUUGCUGUUGGUGGUGAUGGAACUCUGCAUGAGGUUGUGAAUGGUUUCUUCUGGGGUGGAGAGCCUGUAGCUAGCCAUGAUCCAAAGUCAAGUCAUAAAACUGCUCUAGGUCUUAUUCCUUUAGGGACUGGAUCUGAUUUUGCCAGAACAUAUGGCUGGAAAAAUGAUCCUCAUGAUGCCAUUGAACGAAUUGCCAAAGGGCUCAGAUCUCGGAUUGAUGUCGGAGUUAUUAGUGGAGAAAGUGGGGAUCCUCAUUACUUUAUAAAUGAGGCUGAUAUUCAUUUAAGUGCAAAGGCAGGUUAUUAUGCAUCAAGAUACAAGAAGUUUGGAAACUUGUGUUAUGUUAUUGGUGCUUUGCAAGCUUUCUUUAGGCACCAGAAUAGGGAUUUAAGGAUCAAGGUUGAUGGAGGCGAAUGGGAAGUAUGUUCCCAGGUAACAGCCCUUUGUGUUGGAAAUGCAAAAUACUUUGGUGGUGGAAUGAAGAUUGCUCCAAAUGCAGACCCAUCCUCUGGGAAUUUUGAGGUGGUCAUCCUUCAGGACUUCAGAUGGCAUGACUUCAUUCUCAAUCUGCAUAAGCUGUAUAACGGGACACACUUAUCAGUGAAAAAUGUAUUUUCACGAAGUGUACAAUCAAUUGAAGUUGAGGAGAUCAUUCCAAGUGACAGCAUUUAUGUUCAGUCUGAUGGGGAAUAUUUGGGGUUCCUUCCCAGGAAGUUUUGCAUAUUACCUGGUGCCAUUGAAAUGAUAUGCUAGUAUGAAACUGAAGAGGAAUUGUCAUGCAGAGGCUUUUAAUGUAAAUAUAGAAUGAUGCAUUGACUCACUUUUGUGCAGGGAGUUUAACACUGACUAAGCGUACACACUACGGGCUUCUGCCUUGGGAGAGUAGAUUGAAAUUACGCUGUUUACUUCUAGGAUUCAAGAAACAAGUAAUCUUUAUGCUGAUGUAAAUGGAGUGGUCGAAUUGAAUUGAAAUGAAAUGGACGGAACUUGUGAAAGGAAA